CCGCGACUUCGUAGUUGACCUGGACAUAAGCCAACCCAGCCUCGAAUUUCCACCAAGUCCAUAUUCAACACUUGCAACCUACUUUUCACUUCUCCCUCUAACAAAAAAAAGACCCCGUCCCCAUCACCUCCAACUACACAAAUCCCCUUCCACAAUCCCAUUGAAGCCCUCCUGACUACAAUCAACAUGUCUCCCCUCCCCCUCACCCCGAGAGUACCCUGAUAUCACCCCUCGACCAACAAGGUCCUCACCACCACCAUGCACCACCCACUCGCCACCACACCCGGCACACAUACAAUAUAAUCUAAAAUUUUCAUAAUCCAAUUUUGACAAGAGAGAGAAAGAGAGGAACUUCUAUUCUCAACUCCAUCACCAACGCAAACGAAAAAAACGUAAAAGGUAAACGCAAAGCGCAAAAGCGAUACUACCGCAAACAUGUCCCACGAAUCCGUCUGGUACUCGCGUCCCCGCACAUACGGUAAAGGAUCAAUCGGCUGUGUUGUCACGGGCUCGAGGAAGAAAUCUGGCAUCAUUCGCAAAUACGGGCUCAACAUGAGUCGACAAGCUUUUCGGGAGAAGGCCCAGGAUAUUGGGUUUGUCAAGUAUCGAUGAGCUAGGAUUGUAACGAGACGAUGUGGUCACGAUGGGGGAAGUGUGGAGGAUGAUGGAUCAAGGCAGUUCAUGGUUUCGUUGGGGAAAAAAGAGUGUACCAUUUGAAUACAAGAAGUGUGUGCAGAGACUAGUCAUACC